UCAUACCCAUCUCCCUGACCCGCUUUCCUUGCAAUGGCUCCCGUCGCAACGAACGACACUGCCCAAGAUCACGUCUCGACUGGUCCGGUCAAGAAGGUGGCCGAGAAGCUCUUCAACCCCUUCUACUCGCCGACUAAUGGCGCCGACGGAGAAGACGGCGACUACAAGUAUGCGAAAUACAAGCCGUUCUUCCCAAACGUCAAGUGGGAGCCCCUCGAGGAAUUCCCCGUCACGGAUCGCGCACACAAUGCGGAUCCCGAGAAGAAGAGCCUCCUCUCGGCCGCGUCCAAGGUCACCCACCUGACGCCUGCCAUCGGCACCGAGCUCUUGGGCAUCGACCUGCGGGAGCUGUCCGACAGCCAAAAGGACGAGCUCGCCUUGCUCGUCGCUGAACGGGGAGUGGUCUUCUUCCGCGACCAGGAGAUCAGCAUCCAUGAGCAGCUCGAGCUCGCGCGUCACUUCGGACCCCUCCACAAGCAUGCGACGACCCCUAUCCCCCGGGAGCCCGGACUGGAGGAAGUCCACGUCGUCUACACCGACGGAUCUCGCCGCCCAGACCCUUCUGCGUUCUCGAAGAUCGACCUCUGGCAUUCCGACGUGUCUUACGAACUCCAGCCCCCGAGCACAACCUCUCUCAAGCUGAUCACCGGUCCCCCUUAUGGAGGUGACACGCUCUGGAGCUCCGGCUACGCGCUGUACUCCUCGUUCAGCCCUGGCUUCCAAAAGUACCUCGAGGGCCUCUACGCCGUGCACAGCGCAGUCGCGCAGGCAGACGGCGCACGCGCUGCUGGUCAGACCGUGCGGCGUGAGCCGGUCGAGAGCGUCCACCCCGUUGUGCGCGUGCACCCUGUCACCGGCUACAAGGCCGUCUACGUCAACCCAGGCUUCACCCGUCGCAUCGUGGGCCUGCCCAAGGCGGAGAGCGACGCCAUCCUCCAGCUGCUCUUCCACCAGAUCGCCGACAACCCCGACUUCCAGGUCCGUUUCAGGUGGGAACCCAACUCAAUCGCCUUCUGGGACAACAGGAUCGUGACGCACUCCGCGACGUUCGACUUCUUCCCGCACGUCCGGCACGCGCUCCGCGCGACCCCGCACGGCGAGCGCCCCACGUCCGUCGAGGACUUCGAGCGCGCGUCGGGCCGCGCCGCCAAGGACUGGCAGAAGGACCUCUGGGAGAAGCAGGGCAUCGCGACGGACGCCCCGGCGCCGCGCGCUGGCCCGCGCGGGUACAACGACUGAGUGCGGCAGCGCGGCGGCGUUCCCGGGGGGGAGGGGGGGGGGCAGAUAGCGGAUUGCGAACCGCAGACAGCGAGCCGCAAAUCGCGCAUCGCGUCGCCUGGUCCGUGGAGCUCGCUGACUUGCGCGGACUCUCGGUGUCGUCGCGGGAAGGACGGGGCGGAAGCAUGCUGCUAGAUAGGGAACCUUUUCGUGGAUGUAAGAACAGCACUGUAACAACCUGCAACCGCCGGGGUCGUAUGGAACAAUAUAUCAAAGAAUCUC